AGACAACUUUUGUGUUAUCUAUCAUAUUGGAGUUUUUUUAAUUCACAACAACCACACUCUCCAUGUCGUCAAAGCGUAUUAAUAAGGAAUUAGCUGAUUUGGGAAGAGAUCCACCCUCAUCUUGCUCUGCCGGCCCAGUCGGAGAUGAUUUAUAUCACUGGCAAGCAUCCAUCAUGGGUCCUGCCGACUCUCCAUACGCUGGAGGGGUAUUCUUUUUAUCGAUCCAUUUCCCAACCGACUAUCCAUUUAAGCCACCAAAGAUCGCUUUCACCACCAAGAUCUAUCAUCCUAACAUCAAUGCAAACGGUAACAUAUGUUUGGACAUAUUGAAGGAUCAAUGGUCUCCAGCUUUAACCAUUUCAAAGGUGUUGUUGUCUAUUUGUUCCUUGUUGACGGAUGCUAACCCAGAUGAUCCCUUGGUGCCAGAUAUCGCCAACGUCUACAAGAACGAUAGAGCCAAGUAUGAAGCCACUGCUAAGGAGUGGACCAAGAAGUAUGCGGUAUGAAUCAACUACUUUUUAGUUGUUUUUAACCUAAUGAUUUAUUAUCCGACUCUUCAAGUCUCGUGUGUUUCCAGCAUAUAAAGGAUUUACCGGGUUUCAUAUAUUAUCUUAAUACAUUUACUCGUAUAUAGUGUAUAUUAUUCCAUAUAUAUGUCGAGUGAGAGUGGUUAUGUGAAGAUGAGCAAAAUUAUGUUUUAACCUGAUUUCCAAUAGUAGCAGUUGCUGGGAGCUUCUACAAACAUACGUUAUGCAUAUCAAUGUCCUUUCAUGUGUAGUACCCACUGAUGCGUCGGUAAACGUAUAUUUGCUGAUUGUUACUGCGUUUGCACCUCUAAAUAUUAUACAAUUUUACAAACCCGAGUUCGUGUCCAUUUUCAAACAUUUAAACAAACCAGUAACUUUUCACCUAGUCCAAGAGUCAGAUACACCACAUUUUCUAAGAGUUUACAUACCAUAUAUCCUUCUUCUCUCUAAUACACCCAUUUGCAGCC